CAAUUCUUUGAAUCUUCUAACUUUGUUCCCUACAAUUCUUUGAAGCUUUUAAAUUUGUUUCCUAUUUUCCUUCAACCAUCGAAAUGAUGCAUCUCACAAAACAUUUUGAACACCUCAAGAUACAACUAGAAACCAUUAAAUCAGCAACCAACAACUUUGCCGAUGACAAUUGCAUUGGAAGAGGUGGAUUCGGCAAAGUAUACAAAGGAGAGCUUGUCUUGUACAAGGGGCAUACCAUUGUGGCUUUAAAGCGAUUAGAUACUAGAUUUGGACAAGGACACCCGGAAUUUUGGAAGGAGAUCAUUAUGCUUUCUCAAUACAAGCAUGAAAAUAUUGUUUCUCUAUUAGGGUUUUGUGACGAGGGUAACGAGAAGAUCCUCGUGUAUGAGUAUGCCUCAAGGAGAAGUCUAGACUUGUACCUCAACAAUGAUGAUCUAACUUGGAUGGACCGACUUAAUAUAUGCAUUGGUGUGGCGCGUGGUCUAGCAUACCUUCACAAUCCUGGUGAGACUCAACAAAGAGCAUUGCAUCGUGAUAUCAAAAGUUCAAACAUCCUAUUAGAUAAAAAUUGGAAUGCGAAAAUCUCAGAUUUGGGCCUAUCCAAACUUGGUCCUGCCAACCAACAAUACACAUUUCUUGUGUCCAACAUUGUAGGAACGAUCGGGUAUUGCGAUCCGUUGUAUGUAGAAACAGGGUUAUUAACAAAAGAGUCGGACGUUUAUUCGUUCGGUGUGGUGUUAUUUGAAGUGCUAUGUGGAAGGUUGUGUACUAGCAACAAGAAAGAUGUUCAUCAAUCUCUAACAGGAUUAGUGCGACGACACUACAAAGAAAACAAUAUAAACGACUUAAUUUUUGGUAAUCUAAGAGAUACAAUAAAUCAUAAAUCUUUGGAGGCAUUUAUAACAAUAGCUUAUCAAUGUUUGAAGAGAAACUUGGAAGAACGUCCAUUAAUGGUUGACGUCGUGAGAACACUUGAAAGUGCGCUUGAAUAUCAAGUUUCAUCUGUUGUCCUCAUGGAAAAUACGAAUCCCACGUCGACAACAUACAUAAAGCACUCACACUUGUUAUCACCAUUUGGGGAAGCUUGCUCAAGAAUUGAUCUAACUGCUAUACAUGAGAUGCUUGAAAAAGUUGGAUACAAGGAUGAUAAAGUAGACGAGUUGUCAUUUGAUAUGUGGACAACGCAAAUGUCAGAGGAUCUAAUGGAUAGGAAGCGUGGUGACAAAGCUUUUCAGACCAAAGACUUCAAUGUCGCUAUUGAAUUCUACACAAGUUUUAUCAAGAAGGUAACCAAGGCUUCACCGGCUGUAUAUGCAAGACGGUGUUUUUGCUACUUGAUGAACAACAUUGCAGACGCAGCUCUAAGAGAUGCAAUGCACGCUGAAGUGUUAUUGCCACAAUGGUCAACUGCACUAUUCCUCCAAGCUGCUGCUCUGUUUAGCCUAGGAAUGGAGAACGAUGCUAAUGAAAUGCUUAAAGAUGGAUCCAUGUUAGAGAACCAAAUAAAAGAAAAUUGAAAGUUAUGGGUUUUGUCCUCUAGAAAAUAUGAUUAUGUGGUGACUUUUCGAAGUUGAUGGGUUAAGUAUAGCUACUUAUUCUGCAA